AUGUUUUGUGGAUCCUUGUUCAAACCCAAAUUCUACAAGAAAUGCAAACAAUCAAUCAAGUUGAUCAAGAUCGAGCUCGGUUCCAUGAGAAAGAAGAAGAAUGCAAUGGUUUACUACUUGAAGAAAGACAUUGUAGAGAUUCUCAAGAUCAAAGAAUUACUCGAAGAGCUUAGUAUAUUAUAUUCUUAUGAUCUUAUUGAGCGAUUCUGCGACUUUAUCUCCUCGAAUCUUUUGUUAAUGCUAAAGCAAAGAGAAUGUCCUGAAGAAUGUAGAGAAUCUGUUUCAUCUCUGAUAUAUGCAGCGGCAUGGGUUCGAUAUGUUCCUACACUUAAAGAUCUUAGAGCUUUGUUUACGCGUAGAUAUGGAAAUUCGAUUGAUUCUUAUGUCAAUCAAGAGGUUGGUUUUGACUUUUGA